GAAUCAAAACUGCUUAUGUGAAGCAGCUAGACAGUGUUUCUAUGUUGGCGAAGAAAUGUGAAAUGAUCCCGAUCGAAUGGGUCACAAGGAGAGUUGCAACCGGUUCCUACAUAAGAAGAUUUCCAGGAGUACAGGACGGUCAUAAAUUCACCCCGCCUCUGCAAGAGACCUUUUUCAAGGACGAUGCUAAUCAUGAUCCAUUCUGGCCUCAUCACCAAAUAGUCUCAGCUAAUUUCAAAUUUAACGGAUUGACCAUUGGGAAAGGUGAAGUUGAAAUUAUGAAACGAACAUCGAUUACUAUCUUUGAAGUACUCGAAAAAGCGUGGGCGACCCGAGACUGCACUCUCAUUGAUAUGAAAAUCGAAUUCGGUGUUGAUCAAAAUGGUGAAAUAGUCCUCGCCGAUGUUAUCGACAGCGACUCAUGGCGAUUGUGGCCAUCUGGAGACAGGAGGCUGAUGAAAGACAAGCAAGUUUACCGGAACCUCAACAAUGUCACUGCUGAUGAUUUAGCCACCGUCAUUAAAAAUUUCAGAUGGAUAUCAGACCAACUGGACCUCAUAGUAGCAGGAACUCCGUCGAAGGUUGUGAUUGUAAUGGCGUCUCCAGGAGAUGCAGAUCACACCAAUGCAAUCGCCAAGCACUGUUCAGCCCUGGGUUUACAAGCCGAGAUCAGAGUAUCCUCGGCUCACAAAACCACGACUGAUACCCUGGAUAUUGUCGCAGAGUAUGAAGGUAGUUCCGAGCCUGUUGUAUUCAUUGCCGUUGCCGGGCGCAGUAACGGGCUAGGCCCUGUAAUUGCCGGUAACACAGUUAUGCCUGUCAUAAAUUGUCCUCCCCUCUCUUCGGGAGAAGCUAGUCAUGAUAUCUGGUCAUCUCUCAAUACUCCCUCAGGUCUUGGUUGCACGACUGUCCGAUACCCUGAGGCCGCUGCUCAAGCCGCAGCCAGCAUCCAUGCUCUUUCGAACCAUGCUAUUUGGUCUAGACUACGAGUUAAGCAAUUGUCAAAUUUCAUAAAACUUAAACAGGUUGAUAAAGAAUCCAGAAACCAAAGCUGAACGCCGAUUGGCUCUUAUUUUUGAACUGUUUUUAACCUAAGCAUGAGGUUUAUCAGCGAGGCCUUGCUGUAUUUGUCACAUAUAGCUUGAAGCUUUGAAUUGUAUUAAACCUCUGGAUUAUCUAAAGUGCAAUGCAAGUAUCCCGUUUUUCAUCAAUUUUUGUGGCCUUUUUCAAUGAGUCAAUAAGUACCCUUAUGUUUUGUACAUGUUAUAAUCAAUACCUUUUUUUACAUAAUUAAUAAAUAUAUAUUUUUAUUGUUUCUGGA